GCCAGCGCGCCAAAUUGAUAUAAGCAACAACGGGGAAGCAACAGGGCCAAAAGGUCUUAUUUAAGGUCUUAUUUAACAGCCGCAACGCUCCUCUUUAAAGAGAAAUACUUCACCGGAGUGAAGGCGAAGUCGAAGCUGUCGGCAUGGGUUUGCUCGAGCGCUGUCACGAGCUCUUUAAGACCUCAAACCUGUACGAGGUGCUGGCCAUCAACAAAGAGGCGACCGAGGCUGAGGUCCGGAGGAGCUACUACAAGGUGUCCCUGAAGGUGCACCCGGACCGGGCUCCAGAAGACCCGCAGGCCACCGAGAAGUUUCAGGUGUUGGGAAAGCUGUAUGCGGUGCUGAGCGACAAGGAGCAGAGAGCCGUCUAUGAUGAGCAGGGGUCAGUGGAUGAGGAAUCUGACGUCCUGAGUCAAGAGCGCUGCUGGGAAGACUACUGGAGACUGCUCUUCCCCAAGAUUACGGUGCAGGACAUCCUCGAGUUUGAGAAUAAAUACAAGGGCUCUGAAGAGGAGCGGAAGGAUGUGAUCCAGCUGUAUGUGCAGCACCAGGGAAACAUGGACGCCAUCACAGCUUCGACAAUGUGCUGCUCCCAGGAAGAUGAGCCCAGGCUCUGCGCCAUCAUCCAGGCCGCCAUCAAGGCCGAAGAAGUCACAGCGUUUCCAGCGUUUACGCAGGAGAGUGACAAGAAGAAGAAGGCUCGUAGGAAGAGGGCUAAUAGGGAGCAACAGGAAGCAGAAGAAAUGCAGAAGGAGAUGGGGCUCGGUGAUGAAGAUGACAGUCUUGUCAUGAUGCUUAAGCAAAAACAGAAGUCAAGAGAGCAGAAUUUCAACAGUUUCCUCUCUGACAUGGAAGCAAAAUACUCCAAAAAAAGCGAGUCCAAAAAAUCAAAAAGAGGAAAAAAGUGAGAAAUGUACAGGCUCUGGUUAAACAGAUAAAAUCUAUAUUACUGGUGGCACUUGUUCAAAAACACCACUUUAGCAUAAUAAGAGCAUUUAAGCUAAUGUAUGAGCAGCAGCUGUCUAACUGCUCCCUUCCGUAUGUCCUUUAUCUAGUUUUUUCCAUGUGACACUUAUCAAAAUGUAAAUGCAUCUUUUAUUUCUUGUCUUUUUUUUGUAAUUGUGUUCAUAAAAAACAAAUAAAUUCAUAUUUAUAUACUUCA